UUGUUUGGGCUCUUCCGUGGGAAGCCCACGGACGGGAGGAAGUGAGCUGCGCCGUGUGCCGGAAGCCGCUCGAGCGCGGGGACCACCUUAGGCGGCGCGCGAAGGCCUACGCAGCCCCCGAGGGGGACGUGGACCGUGUUCAACCCGCAGAGCCGCGUCAUCCGCUUCCACGAGGAGCGGCGCCCGCUGCGGCGGGCCGUGGGCCGUGAAGCAGAGCCUCCCGCGGCGUGGCGUCGCGCGCGGCCCCCACCGGAAGCGGCUAAGGGGCGGAAGCUCAGGGCGGAGGCCCUGCGAGAGAGAUGGAGCUUACUUGGCCUCAAGCCUCAGUCCCUUCCGCAGCAGUGCAGAGGGCCAGCCGGCUCCGCCCCCUGCAGUGCUUGCCCUCAGCCCUGCCUCGCUAUGCAGUCACCUGAGGUGAAGUUUGCUGGGUGCGAGAAAGGAUUCUUGUGGAGCUCCUGUCCCCUCCAGGUUCCUCAGCUCUGGUAUCCAGCACACACCUGAACUGCACUCAUGGCCAGUAUAAAUAAUGUGACUGAGCUGAUCAUCACCGGCCUUUUCCAGGAUCCCGAGGUGCAGAAGAUGUGCUUUGUGCUGUUCCUUCCUGUGUACCUGGCCACAGUGCUGGGCAAUGGCCUAAUUGUUGUGACAGUGAACGCCAGUAAGAGUCUGCGUUCCCCCAUGUAUUUUUUCCUCAGCUACUUGUCCUUGGUGGAGAUCUGUUACUCCUCUACUGUUGUCCCUAAGUUCAUCACUGACUUACUUACCAAGAUUAAAAUCAUCUCCCUAAAGGGUUGCCUGGCUCAGAUUUUCUUCUUCCAUUUCUUUGGGGUCACUGAGAUCCUCUUGCUCACAGUGAUGGCCUAUGACCGCUAUGUGGCUAUCUGCAAACCUCUUUACUACACAACUAUCAUGAGUCGGCCUGUGUGUCACAACCUGGUGGCUGGUUCCUGGGUAGGGGGGUUUCUUCAUUCCAUAAUUCAGAUUUUCAUCACUAUCCCCUUGCCUUUCUGUGGUCCUAAUGUGCUCGACCACUACUUCUGUGACCUCCAUCCCUUAUUUAAGCUGGCCUGCACUGACACAUUUGUGGUAGGAGUUAUCAUGUUUGUUAACAGUGGAUUAUUCUCUGUAUUUUCCUUCCUUUUCUUGGUGUCCUCUUAUGUUGUCAUCCUGUUCAACUUGAGGAACCAUUCUGCUGAGGGGAGGCGCAAGGCCUUAUCUACCUGUGCCUCUCACAUCAUGGUGGUUCUCUUGUUCUUUGGACCUGCCAUCUUCCUCUACUUGAGACCUGCCUCCACUUAUACUGAAGACAAACUUGUGGCUGUGUUCUACACGGUCAUCACCCCCAUGUUGAACCCCAUCAUCUACACGCUCAGAAAUGCAGAGGUGAAGAAUGCUGUGAGAAAGUUAUGGGGCAAGAAAUCGAACUCAAGUUUGGAAUAAAAUUAAAAGCAUGAAACAAUAAACAACAUGACUACUGUGAUUAGAAUUUGAAUCUGACUUUAAUCAUCAGUGAAGACACAGAUUAAGAACUACAUGCUCAUGGUUUUUGUUUCAUUUGAAUUGCAUCAGGUCAUAGGUAUCAGUAUUUUGGAGUAUGUUCAAAUUGGGCUAUUUUACAUCUCAUAUUGUAUACCAGCAUAAUCCCUUUGCCCACAUGACUUCAUUUCACUCAAACAUUUCUGACUUCUAGACCCAAU